AUGUUAUUCCCCAACACUGAAAUCAAACGAUUCCAAACAAAAGCCAAAGACCCUCUGCAUUUCCUCUACGCCUCAACAUUCGGACUUUUCCGCUUGAAAUUCAUCAAAUUUGUAGCGAUUUUCACGUUCAUUUUUCACAGUGUCAUAAGUGUUGCAUUUUUUUACGAAAUGUUGUACACUUUCGACGCUAAUCUACUGAUUCGAUACGGACCCCUGAUCUUCAUUUUUGGCAAUGGCUUCAUGGCCAUCGUUGUCUUUUUUUACAUCGAACGUGACGGUAGAUUAAUACUAAGACAAGGUAUUGACCGUCUUUGGAGUUUUGAGUCUUCGUCAAGUUUGUACAAAAGAACAAAUUUGGAAUCAAAGUAUAUUUUACAAGCCGUUUAUUUUAAUAAUUUCCUAGCGGCUUGUUUGGUGUUUUUCCUCUUGCCAGCAGGGGGGCAAAGCGAUAAGGUUCUUUAUGGGAUUAACUUAUUUGGACGAUUUUUGCCCUCACAAAGAAAAAUUUUUACUCAAAUUUAUUACUGCACUCUUCCCGUUCUCGCAUACAUGGUGACUGUUAAUCCUUAUCUCCUACUUUAUGSAUCCUCUCACAUCAAGUUUCAAGUUUGUUAUAUGAACGAAUUGUUGGUAAAKAUGGCUCGUCAGUAUAAAGACAUCGAUUACAACUURUUAAGAAAUGAGAARUACCAAAAAAACGUGACCUUGAAUCUCAAAAAUUGCAUCCGCCGACAUACAAUUUUGAAAUACAUGGAUACAAAAUUGAACAAUUUGAUUCGUUUUCCACUUUUAGUCGCGAUGGGUCUAUCGGUAGUUUUCUUAAUAUCUCUGCUUUUUCUUCUCAUUGUUUCCAGAGAAGAUGUUUACAUUCCCAGUUUUGGGGCCAUUUUGGCUUUUGGUACUGUUACCAAUUUUUUGGCUGUAUAUUCGGGUCAAGAAGUUAUAAAUGAGUCUUCAAAAUCUCUAACUUGUGCGGGGACUUCUCGUUGGACUUCUUGGAAUUUUUCGAAUCGAAAAAUGUUGCUUAUCCUGAUGACCAAUGCUCAGAAGCCUUUUAUACUCCAAAGUCCUUUUUUCGUGUUCGAUUUUGCGUUUGUUAUUAAAGCUUUAAAGUUUGUUUCGUCGGUUUGUGGACUUUUCUUCGAAGUGGCGAGGAGGAGGGAUUUGGGGGAGUUGUAAAGUGGUGUUUACCGCUUAGUAUAAUUUAGUUGGAGUAAAUAAUAAAAGUUUUGAACUAUACAGCGUGUUAAAAGUUAGUUACAAU